AUGUGCAUGCGUUCUGUUAUUCUUGGAUUGGGAGUCGCGUCUCUGGCCGUCGUUGGAAAAAUUGGUCUUGACUCCUUUAGAAAGUACAGGGGAUUGGCUCCGGUAAAGGGUUUCAUUAAAGGUGGUUUUGAAUCUAAAAUGUCGCGUCACGAAGCCGUCCAAAUUCUGGCUUUGAAUGAACGUUCCUUAUCACGUCAAAAAAUUAAAGACUCUCACAGACGCAUCAUGUUGUCCAAUCACCCUGACCGUGGAGGAAGUCCCUUUGUUGCUAGCAAGGUAAACGAAGCGAAAGCACUUUUGGAUGCCGACAAAUCCAUUCGUCGUUUCCAUACACGUUCCCUUCAGGCAACACUCCCGUACACAGCAUCACAAAGCUCCUUAAAGCCUUCCUCCUCUUUAACGGAAGCAAUCAUGGCUCAAGUUCAACGCUCACGUCUGCGGUAA